UACAUUUAUAUAAACUCAUUACUGACAUUAUUUAUAUACAUAUAUAUUGAAAUAAUAUAAUAAAAAGAGUGAAAGUCGUUUUUUCUUCUCCUUUUGUACGUUUGCGAGUGUAAAAGAAGUGGUCGGCUGCAUGUUAAAUGUAUCUAUGACACACAAAAAAAAGCAAAGUCGUGUGCAAUAAAAGUGCAAUAUAUUUCGUAUAGACACUGAUUGCUGCUGCAAUUAUCUGCACCCAUUUUUCGUUGCUCGCGUUGCCGUUGGCUGUGCUGCUCCGUGUAGAAUAUGGGAUUAAAAAGCAAAGAUAAUCAUGUUAUUUACCAGAGUUGGGCUGCAUUUUGUGCUAAUAUUCCGAACAUUAUCUUAGGCAUGAGCAUCGCUUGGAAUGGCGUUUAUUUACCGAAAUUCCAAACAGAAGACUCUCCUUUAACCGUACUGACCAAAUCCCAAAUUGGCAUGAUGGCGGGCAUCGGAGCCAUUGGAUGUGUCAUCGGAAAUUUGCUCAGUGGAUGGUUAUCGGAAAUGCUCGGAAGAAAAAUAACUUUGGCUCUUGUUGGGAUUCCUCAACUUUUAAGUUGGACGAUGCAUUUAAGUAACGAUUUUACCUUAACCGUGAUUGGAAGAUGCAUUUUGGGAAUUGUUGCGGGGUUUAGUUUUGUCGUUACUCCCGUUUUUGUGGCAGAAAUCGCAGAUGAUGAACAUCGUGGAUUUUUCGGCACAUUUCUGUCGUUGGCUUGUAAUACCGGCAUUUUACUCGGAUUUAUUCUGAUGAAUUAUUUAGAUUACAACCAAAUUAACUUUUUGAUGGUUGGCAUGUCGGCGCUUUAUUUCAUCGGAAUUCUGUCGAUAAAGGAGUCUCCGGUGUGGUAUGCGUUGAAGGGGAGACACGAGGAUGCGGUGAAAGCAAAUUUUUAUUACAAAGGGAAGGCAGAUGAAAUGAAAGAAGUUGCGGAUGAUGUGACGACGGAAGUGCAGAAGUUUUCGUUUAAAGAUUUUUACGCUAAAGAAACCCGAAAAGGCGUAAUUUUAUCAAUAAUCCUCAUAACUUUCCCUCUGGUAUCGGGCACUGUUGUUCUCGUCAACUACGCUGUCAAAAUUUUCGACGAAGCCUCAUCGCAUCUUUCUUCCAUCGUCUCAUCAAUAAUUGUGGCUUUGAUUCAACUCAUCGGAUCUUACAUCGCAACUCUACUUGUGGAAAGAACAGGACGAAAAACCUUGUUGAUCGCUUCCAGCCUCGGCUGUUUUUUGAGUUUAACCGUCAUGGGCUCCUAUUACUACUUAAAAAACCUCGAUUUGGACAUGAAACAUUUCACCAUUGUGCCUCUUUUGUCAUUUUCCGUGUUGGUUCUUUUUUCGGCGAUCGGAUUGGCGGGAGUGCCAUUUGUUGUAAUUGCAGAAAUUGUUCCCGAACGCAUGAGAGGUCCCAUGUUCACAGUUUGUCUCGUGAUUUUCAGCGGAUUGGGAGCAAUUGUGAUGACAUAUUUUAUCCCGCUCGUGAGCAGCGUCGGCAUGCAUGGAUGCAUUUGGUUGUAUGCGGUUUGCAGUAUCAUCGCGUGCACGAUUACCGUGUUAUUUAUCCCGGAAACAAAGAAAGACGUUGCGACAACGACGAUAAAAGCCUAAUGACACAUUUUCACUUUAUUUUUAUUUUUUACUUUUUUUUUGCGUAAAUGCCUCCGCGAUUAAUCAGGCACUACUCAAUUUAUCAUUUUCUUUGUUUGUUCGAUAAAUGUCAUGAAAGCACGUUCUUUAUUAUAAAACACGCUCAGUUUUAUGUGCCAUUGUGUCUCUUUUUGCUUGAUAUUCAUUUUCAUUUAGUCAAUUAAUGCCAAAGCUGAACAAAUCGCUUUAUAAUUAAUGCUAAUUUAUACUAAAAGAAUUAAAGUUUAAGCCUAUUUACAUACGUUGUGCUGCCUUAAACGGGCAUAGAUUGUGUGGGAGGUGAUUUAUGGAAAAACUUACUAAAAAGAUUAAAUAUUAAUUUAGUACAAUGUUAGCAUAGAAUGAAAAUCAUUGACGUGUGUUGAAAUUCAAUGCCAAAAUAUCAUUUAUAUCAGCCUAAAAUAAUUUAAAAAAUAAAAAAAUAAACCAAAAAUUCUUAAAAAAAUUCAAAAUAAUUAAAAUAAAAGUUCGAUAAAAAAAUUAUAUUGAAAUAAAAUUUUAAAAUAAUUUUUAAGAUUUUUAAAAUAUUUAAAAAAAAAAAUUAAAAAAUAAAAAAAGUAAAAUUUAAUUUAUGAACUUUAAAAAUAAUUGUAAUU